AUGAGCAUGCCAUUACACCUUUUGGCAGUCUAUGAGGUACCAGACACCGUCUUACAAACUAUUAGACGGAUAUCCACGUCCUUCUUUUAGGAUGGACAAUUUGAGGGACCUCGUCGCCAACACCGAGUUUCUUGGGAGAAAGCAUGUUGACCUACGGAUGAGGGUGGCCUAGAUAUUAGGCGCCCUCAAGAUGUACUCAACAUGUUUCAAAAGAAACUCAUUUGGAGGAUGAAGACCACACCAUCGGUGCUAAGCUCUUUUGUGUUAGCCAAAUAUGAUGAGUGGGCUCGACGGCCAGCCAACAUCAAAGGAGUCAAACGAUGGGUAGACUGACAGCGACAUUGGUUGGAGAUGGUACCCCUUAUUCGUUGGCGAGUGAGGCGAGGCGCGAUCAGUGUCUGAUACGACACUUGGCUAGAGGACACACCAUUGGCUUGUUUUACCACUUUCACAUCCUCUUGGCCUUGCUUGACGGUAGCCCAGCUUCUCCAAGGAGACACUCGUCUACUUAUUGAGAGGCAUGGACUACUGUCAGACUUGUUACCAACCAUCACCAUGAUUGAGACGAGUUUUACUGAGAACCAACUCAUUUGAACACUUACCAUAGAUGGCAAUUUCUCUUGUAGCUCCUCUUGGGAACACUUUAAAAACCACUCCCCAAAGAUAUUUUGGGGAAAUCUCAUAUGGCAUCCGGCCAUCACACCUCGUGUUUCGUUCUUCCUGUGGAAGUUCAUGCAUCGAGGACUACCCAUAGAUGAUCGAGUGAUUGUCACCGAUCAGGAGGUGGAAAGGAGAUGUCAUUGUUGCUCCAUCACGACGGACGAAAGUAUAGAACAUCUAUUUUUCCAUAGUGAUAUUGUUAUCGAGUGUUGACGUCAACUUCUAGCGAAUUGGCUUCCAAUGCUCUCAUACAGACCUACAAGAUCACCACUAAAGGUCUUUAGGAGAGUCAUUGACUCACCAACGAGUGUCAAGGUUAGUCCUUUCAGCUGUAUCUCCAUAGCAUAUAUGUUAUGGGAAAUAUAGAAGAGACGUAACUCAUCUCGAUUUGUAGGCCAAGUGAUGCGUGUUACAGAGAUUAUAAGGCACGUAACACAAUGGCUUCAGAGUACUCAUUCCUUAGUGCCAAACAAAACGAAACGCACGUGUUCUAUUUGUGAGGCUUUUGGGCUUUGGGGACUUCAUAUCAUACCUACACAAACUUGGACUAUUAUCCGAUCUAUUAGAUGGACACCACCGAAGGCUGGAUGGUAGAAACUCAAUGUCGAUGGAGCAUCUCAAGGCAACCUAGGACCAUCUGGAGGAGGAGGUAUCUUACGUGAUAUUACAGGAUGCAUUCUCUUUGUCUUUUCGAACUUUUAUAAUAUACGAACUAAUACUAUGGCAGAAGCUAUAGCAAUAUAGGAUGGUUUGCUUCUUUGUGAGGAGCAAAAUAUUACUAAUAUUGUCUUAGAAUAUGAUUCCAAAAUGUUAGUGGACAUGUUACGUGCAAACUCUUGUCCUCAUUGGAGGCUCAAGAAUAUUUGGGUAGACAUUAUGCAAUGUCGAGGAUGCAUCACAACUAUUACGCAUCAGUUCUGAAAAGGGAAUUAGACAGCUGACGCCCUUGCUACGCGUGGAGUCAAAUCGCAUUAGAGGACAGUCUUCUCUUUUUGGCAGGACAUGCCCCUCAAAGCCCGAGGUGCUCAUAGACUUGAGCGACUCGGCAUACCUUCUUUACGCAUACACCACACUCCACUACCAACUCUUCCACAGUAGUAGCAUAUUACUUGGAGGAGAUCAAGGGUGGUUACUAUUGGCCACUGAAGACCACAAUAGAGAUAUAGGUACGUAUUUCUUUUAUUUCUGUUUUCAGGUCUGUCACAAGCCACAACCAUUACAUCAUCAUGGCGCUCAUCCCAUACCACUGAUAUGGAAUGUACUUUGCCUAUCAGCACAAGACGAAUAAUAAGGCACAUCGUAAUCCACUCGAGUACACUACUUCUAAUCAUUACUCUCCUCAUAAUCACCUCACGUCUAUUAUUUAUCACCCUUAAGUAGUGAGGAUAUAGAACUAUCAGCACAUGUUGGCAUUUACCCAAACUAGUUGUGAAUCACCAACUUAGCACUUCUCUCAAGAUCUCAUUAGUACCAUCAGCUAACUUGAACCUAUGAGAAGGUAAGGAUCUAUAUCCAUACGAUUGACCCUCUCUCCUCUUUCUCUCUCUCGAUUCUCUAUUUCUUUCUCCCUCCCUUUCUCUCUUUUGAAAAAAAAAAAAAAAAAGAGCCUACUUCUCUUCUCAACAUCACUAGCCCAUCAUAGAUAAUUAGUGGAGGGUGAAGGAAAGGGCCUUCAAAAAAAAAAAAGUAGGCAACCUACUUUCCUUCCCUUAAUCACUAACCUAAUACUUCAAAGGAAAUUACUCUUGUACACCAAAUAAUGGACAUUAGUAGAGGGUGAAAGAAGAGGCCCUCAAGGAGAGAGAAAGAAGAGAGAGAGAAUAAGGAAAAAGAAAAGACUUAGAAAAAAAGACCAAGUCAUUCUUCAUGGGGUAAAAGGUCUCUUACCUACUUAGAGGAAGUACGACAACUAAUUGUACUAACAAGAUCUUGGACAGAGGGAUUAAAUAUGUGCAACACUAGGAAGAUAAGUUCAUAUUUUGGUUUAUUGUCAUGCUUCAGCAUAGUUCUAUCUUCCUCACUACCUUAAUCAUUCUUUUCUCACCACAUUAUAUCAUUUUAUUUAUUUCUUAGAACCACUUACUACAGCAAACUCUUGUCUUGUAAGAACACCUCAUAACGCACAACAUGGAGGUCUACACGUCUUACUACUGUUGAGCAGAUCUUUCAACUUUUAUGAACUUAAAAGCUCCUUCAACCUAAUGCAAAUCAACUGUCUUCUUUAAAUAUGAUGAGCGUACUAGAGUCUAUCUCUAAUAUUAUCACAUCCCCUCUUCAAAAGAGGUCUUUAAUUCUCCAUGUCAUCCUCGCCCCUUGUGCGAAUGAGAUCUCACUUAUGUAACCUCAGAAUGAGGUCAAACUUUUAUCACUCAAUCAAAUUUUCUUUCUUUAAAAAAAAAAAAAAAACUCUAAACCUCAAAACCCGGCAUUUGUUCAACUUUUUUCUCUCUCCUCGCAAGAGCUUCUCUUUCUUUACCUUCAACUGACCUCCAUCUGAAAUGGCGAUAUUUUUUUCGUGUGACUUCUGAUCGCGCUGAAAUCAGUUCCAUUGGAUUUGGAAGGCCAAAAUCUAUCAACUUCGAGCUAUUAAUCGUCGAAAAUAGUGGAUUGAAGCCUUCGUUGUCGGGAUUUCUUCAUUGAGAGGUAUUUUUCUGGACUUUUCGUUCUAAAGGUAAUAUCUCUCUCGUUACUUGAACCAAGUUUAAUAUUUUUAAAUCAUUUGAAUCGUAUUUCUGUGCUCUAUAUUUUUCUCUUCUUCACCAUCUUCAUCUGAUGCUUACUUGAUGAGUAAAUUAGAGAUUUCAUCGGCAGACUCAUGUCCCCCAGAUGAAAAAAUGAGGGAAGCAUGCGACCGAAUAGGAAACCGCCACGUGGGGACGACUCGUCCGCGGCGAUAAAACGCCAUCCGAGGAACCUAUUGAUGACCCGGACAUUGGGGCAGUCAAUGGGCGGAACGGCCGCCUUGAGAAAGGCAGUGAUUCACCGUUGGCCCACGUCCCCUCGGUUUCCGCAAACAAGGGAAUGGCUCUUGAGCCAUUCCCUCGCUCUGCGGGAAAGGGAGAGGGCACGUGGCGCCGUCUCCCCUGACCUCACCGUUAAUCGUGAGAUUAACGGUGAGGAUCGACGAGAGGAAAAGGCCGACGAUGUGGGGGCGGUGUCAGCUGACGUGGACUCGUCAGCUUCGGUCCUUGAUCUGACCGUUAAUCUUGCGAUCAACGGACAGGAGGGAGCCGAGAUAAAGGCGCCGCAUUCUGCUGAUGCCGUUAGCUCGGUCCUCGUACCCAUGGCGUCCCCCCCAGCAGAGGCUGACGCGGACUCGUCAGCUUCCGGAGAAAAGGCGUCAGGUGGCGGCUUUUCCUCGGAAUCGACUCUUCAUCAUCUGACCGUUGAUCUUGAGAUCAACGGACAGGAGGAAGCCGAGAUAAAGGCGCUGCAUUCUGUCGAUGCCGUCACUUCGGUCCUGACAGCCAACGCAUCCCCGCUAGCGGGGGCUGACGAGGGCGGCGCCACUAUGGCUGAGGCAUCAACACUCAAGGCCGCGAAACCCAAGGAUGUCCGGGCCCAAGCACAUGUGCGGCCCAUUACUGCCAAAGUAAGACCUAUGCGGGCAGAGCCAGUCCAGAUCCAAACUCAAGCCUCAGCCAUACUAAUCCAGCCCACACAAAUUCCUAAUAUGUCGGCUCAGCCCACUCAAACCUUAGCCCAGACUUAG